AUGCCUUGGGACCACAUGCUGGUGAUUAUAGUCUCCGACUUAGGGAAUUUUCAAGAAUCCUUACCGAUCGUGCUUAUACGUGAUUUGGCAAGCAGGUUCUAUAAGAAAUACUUCCAGCAUGAGGAAAGAGUUACUACCGCUCAACUCAUCAACAUGCACCAAAAACAUGGGGAAGAUCUCGUGGACUUCAUGCACAGGUUCCGAGACCUGGCUCUAGACUGCUAUGAUGAGAAGGAUGAAGAAGCACUUGUUGAAAUUUGUAUCAGCAACAUCGUGGCAUAUUACAGAGUUUAUUUGGAGAAUAUUGACAUCAACCAAUUUUCUCAGCUGCUAGAAGCAGUGAAGAAAACAAGCAUUUUAGUCAAACUAAAUGGGCUGGAAGCUUGGAAGAGUGAAGAGGAAGAGCGCCACUUGGGGGCUUCAUUUGGUCAGCAAGAUUAUCAAGAGACAACUGUCGUAACCUCUCAUAAGAGCCGUAAAUCACUCUCUAAUUAA